GAGUUCAGUGAGGGCGACGAGGUGCAGGUCAUGCCGUGCUGCCACAGCUUCCACCCGCCCUGCCUGGCGCCCUGGCUUCAGACCAACAACUCGUGCCCGACCUGCCGCCAUGAGCUGCCCACCGACGACCAGAAGUAUGAGAACCGGAAGGAGCGGGAGCGGGUGGAGGAGGAGGAUCGGCGG